AUGUCUGAGACUCCCAUCGGAGGUGAAAACCAGCAGGGCACCACGAACGAGACAGAGUCCGUGGCUGAUAUCGUCCCACCCGGACCUGGAGCCCUGAUUGUUCACCUUGACUCCUCUUAUCGUCUGAGCCUACCACACGACCCAGACCUACAAGAUCCGGAAGGGCCUGCUCAAGGCAACACCUUCUCAAGUCGAGAUGUCAAAAUGAGAUACCGAUGGCGGCUCUACGCGAUCGUAGAAUAUGAGGGCUUCCAGGUAUCCUCAGAGGCGACGUAUGUCAAGAUUCCUGGAUCGCUUUCUUGGGCAUCGUACAAACGGCCACUGAAGUUUGACGUCUCUGCCUCUCCUUCUUCCGAGAUGACAGUGUCCAUCUUCGCCGUGGACAAGAAUUUUGAUGAAUGUAUAUCAUUGGAAGAGUAUGAAAACCAGGUCAUACCUCUUGGGCUAAUUAAAGUGAACCCGUUCCUGAUUCAGACAAAUGGACCUGGGUCUCACAAUGGUAAGUAUCAAAUAGACGUGCAAAAUGGUACAGGCACCCUGAAAAUCUCGACUUCGUACUCAACGGAAGAAAUACCGAGCUUGGAGACGAAGAAUGUGUGGUCUGUCUGCAAUGAGAGUGGUGCUGAUGAUCUUGGUCUUGUCUACUUUGAGAAUCUUGAUUUUGUAUACGUUGAAAAGAACGACACCGGUCGAAGCUACGGCAUGCAGACUGUGGAUUCUUGCACCUGCGAUCAUGCUGCUAAUCCUGGAUCUGACGCUGGCAUCAAUAUGUUAGCUGGCCUCAGUCUCCGCUCUGAGAUUCAGCAUCCUUUCAUUGCAAUGCCCAAAUUUGCCUUCAAGUCGGCCGAGGGGGGCGUGGAUCUCCUUUCGCCACUAGCUAGCGGUGGAUAUCUUUUUGAUCAGUUGCAAAAGGAGCGGCGGUUUGGGGUCGCCAAAACUAGCUUUUAUGCCGCACAGCUUGUCUGCGUUCUGGAAUAUCUGCAUGGCAGGAAUAUCACCCUCGCCUCUCUGAGGCCUGAGAAUAUCCUUCUAGAUUCCUCUGGCAACAUUAGCCUAUGCAAGCCUCGUAUUUUUGGCUUCGAAUCGCUACAGAAUAUUGGGGACGGUGACAGGAAUUGCGCUAUACCUGGGACACCAGAGUACCCAGCCCCCGAGAUUCUUCUCCAUGGCUGCAAGCCUUCGCCAGCAGUGGAUUGGUGGAACUUGGGGGUUAUUCUCUAUGAGAUGUUGAUUGGUAUUCCCCCGUUCUACAGCAAGGACGACAUCGAGAGACAACAUAAGAUUAUUGGACAAGAACUACAGCUUCCUGGGACUUUGCCGUCAAUUGUCAAGGAUAUUCUAACCAGGCUUCUUGACAAAGACCCCGCGAAACGCCUGGGCGCAAAUGGAGCCGCCGAAGUAAAGUCCCAUUCAUUUUUCCAUAGUCUGAAAUGGACUGAAUGCCUUCAGCGGAAAAUCAUGGCCCCUUUCAAGCCUCACGACAGCACAACGGUCUUUUCGCGGAAAUCUGCAUGGGUUCUGUACAAAGAAACGGACUGGACUGACGCACUUUCGAUGUUUAACUACCCGGCAGACUGGCCACAGCGGAUGAGAGAAAGCCAGGCCGCAGAGAGGGAAGCUUUACUCAACCAUGGAGAGGACGAUAGGUGGGAUCUGGUGUGGGAUUUGACAGUUCAUGAAUUCUAUUUCAAAAAUCGCUUUACCGAUGAAAAAGCUCCUGCUCAACCCGAAGAAACAAUUUAUCAACGCAAGCCGCCACCUCCACCAGCGACGGAACAUCCCAAUGAGCGUCAGAAGGAAGACGCACUCGGCGCUGCAUUGGAAGCUGGAUACAGCAAGCGUGUGAUCUUACAAAUCCUUAGAUACAGUCCAAACAUGAACGCAAAUGUUCUACAUUUCGAGCAUACACCCACAAACUCAGAGCUUUUAAUGCUUACCACUUACGCAACGCCUGUUACACCACUCGAAUGGGCUGUUGAGCACGAAAGAUUAGAUCUUGUGGAUCUCUUUCUGGAUCACGGUGCUAACGUGGACUCGACGCAUUCAAUAAGAGACGGACCAGCUCUACUCAAGGCAGUCAGAAAAAGAAACAAUGUGUUAGUUGAGAUUCUCGUGCAGAAAACCACCGACCGCGUUUCCCGCACAAGAGCUCUUGCGCUCGCGGUUGAGCAGGAGGACACAGCAACCACUACCAUUCUUCUGACACAUGGGGUCUGCUGCGACUUUGAAGAGUCGGAUCGACCUCUUCCAGAAGAUCCCUUGGCAUACCAACGCUGGGACUCCUCCGAUCUGAAGCUUUUGAGAGCAGAGGACAUUACGCCGCCUCUUAUCCGGGCAGCCAGGCUGGGCAACGUCGCUCUGGUCAAAUUGCUACUUGCACAUGGCGCUGACGCCAAUAUUUCGUACCAUGUGUUAGGCGGUCGUGGUCGCCCUCUUCCUGUCUAUGGAUUUGAAAGGACAGAUGUCCCAAUACCAGUCAAUUUCUCCUGUGGAAGAGCUGUGCAAAUAGCGAUGGAGAUGGGUCACUCUGAGAUCGUUGGCUUGCUCCUCGAUGCGGGUGCAGAUAUCAAUCUCGAACACUCCGCUUGGCCAAUUCCAGCCUGGCCUGUUCCGGGUCAUAUUUGCCAGCCAGUCCCAAGGGCUGUGUAUAUCGGGGUAACUGCUGGUCUACAGGCGGCAGUGGUAGCGAGAAGAGCAAGUAAAGAAUAG